AUGAAGGAAAUGUAGGAAAGGGACAAAUAAUUACAAGAACAAUACUUUUAAUAGCAAUAUGAGAAAUAAUUGUAAAGAGAAUUGGAAACAAAAAAGAGCAAAAAGGCCCAAAAGGAAAGUGAAAAGAAGAAACAGUUAGAAGAACAACUAAAGAACGUUAGUCCUCUUGAGAAGUUCAUGGAACAAAUAAAUAGGAGAGCUAAGGUAGAGGAUGUUGAAUGA